CUGCACACGUGAAAACACGUGGGUAAGAAGGUGUGGCUAUUAAUGAAAAUGGAGUACUCUGGGUAUCAUGUAGCAGGAGCUGUUGCAGGAGGUAUAGGGCUAGGAUUAGUGAUAGGAUUUAUAAUCAGCAAAAGAAACCAACCAGCCAAACUGCUGAGGAGUCUGCAAGGUGACUCUGAUUUUAGUAUUCUUGAUUAUGUCAAAGGACAAUAUAAAAUGGUAUUAUUAGUUAGAAACGAUUUGAAAAUGGGGAAAGGAAAAAUGGCAGCUCAAGUGGGGCAUGCUGCAGUGGGAGGGUACAAGCAAAUAAUGCGAAGUAAUAUGGAGUUAUUAAGGCGUUGGGAGAGAGCUGGUCAUAUGAAAGUUGUAGUUAAAGUUCCUGACAGAGAUUCAUUUAUUGAUGUGAUACAUGAAGCCAGUGGGUGUGGCAUUAACACCUAUUUAGUCCGUGAUGCUGGUAGAACUCAAAUUGCUCCUGGAUCAGAAACUGUCCUGUGUGUUGGACCUGGUCCCUCAGAUAUUGUAGAUAAACUAACAGGACAUUUUAAAUUAUUAUAAUAAUGAAUAAAUUAAUUAUGAAUAUUUUCUAAUAUAUAAUCGGUCGUCAUUGCA